AUGCAAGAGCAUGCACCUCGUUCCGGCUGCGGCCUCCGAUUCUGCCGAUAUGCAGCCUGUGAGGGCUUUCUGUGUAGCAGGACGGUGCGGUAUUUGGGCAGGACUUGUGAAGCAGCCAGGAAGUUGUUGGAGCAAGGUGACUUCGCGCUUCACAUCCGAAUCGAGACUCGCCAAAAGUCGGAGUGGAAGCCGCGCGCAGCAAGAAGUGAGCUCCUGACGGAAAUGGCCGCCGCCCUGAAAAGGUGCGGCCGGCCUCCACUGUUGUCACUGGGAAUCUAUGAGCCAACGGCCCUGCGUGACCUUUUCGCCUUGAUCCUGGAUGUGCUGAAAUUGUCAAAAAACCUUCAGGUUCUGCAUUUGGCAGACAUCGCGACCAGCCCACUUCGUGCUUCCUCGGCUGCAGGUUCAUUCGACAUGGCACGUGCACUAGCGCUAAUGAAUGUCCUAAACUUUACGGACCCUGCUUUGCCCAAUGCUGGCAGAUGCUUGCGCGAGCUGUCUCUGACAGCUGGCACUUGGUCGUGGGAUUCGUUGUGCAUGCUGUUUGAAGGGCUGUCCAAGGGCUGCUUGCAGAUCGUAAACUUGCGUGGAAAGUUGUUGGAGCCAGCUGCGAAAAGAGAUUUGCCCGCUUUGAGGACAGUGUCGUUCUUCCACUGGAAAGGAUCUUGCCUUUUCGUCCCCAACAGUUUGAAGGUAGUUCUGAAUGCGUUGCCGAAGGCGGAGAUUCGGUUUUCCGGAGAGACAUGUGGUGGCUUUGCCGCGCCGCCUAAAGAGACGCUGCAGGAGUUCGAGGUGAUGGCUAGCACCUUGGAGCCAUGCAAACGCGUGUGGGUGGCUUGGGAUGAUGGCUGGAAGAAGGUGGAACCUGGCUGUGGUAUAGUUGACGGAUGCACUGGUGCCGGUAAUGUCGCGCGUCGACUCAUGAUCUUCUCGAUGUACGUGGCCUCAAAAUCAUGGCACCAACCUCAUCUAUGCAGCAGGGGCAUGGGGACAGUGCCGGUCGACGGGCCAAGUAGGCGAAGCCAAGCCUCCGCACCUCAAGUUGCCCCCACCUGA